AAAUCAUUCACAAUGCUUUUUAGAACGAAUGACAUUUGUUUUUAUUUUGUCAUGCUAAUGCUAACCAGUCCGUUUGAUUAAAUUUGUUAAAUGUGACCAAGGCCCUUGUGGCAUUUUUCUUAUUGUAGUAUGGAGAAACCUGCUGCGAAUGGUGUUGCUAACCUGGACGAAAUAAAGAAGAUGAUUAAACAUGAUAAGAUGUCAAUUGGACGUUUAAAAUCCCUGAAACUGCCAAGGAAUCUUAAUUUGGGUGGCACAAAACCGAAAAAAGUGUACACUCCUAACUUAAAUGCUAUUCGAAAUAAAGAGAAACAAACCCAAUCUACUGCAAAGAAACCACCUGCACAGAGACCUCAGAAGAGACGCCUGGAAGAUAGUAAACACACAAACAACAAGGUAAAAUACAUACAGUCGGAUGGGGUAUUCUCGCAAGGUGUAGGGGAGGCAAAACAUUCCACUUCUCAAAAUAUAAGGGUUCAAUAUGCUUCAAAUCCGACGUCGCUCGCUAUACCGAAAAUUAAUAAAGGCCAAGUCAUCAAAAAUGAUGAUCAACGUGCUACUGAAUUGCUAUACGACAAUGACACCGAUUCGGAAUCGGACGAUGAUUACUUUCCAGUUGUCUUACCACUUAGCUGCAACAAAAAACCGUUUUCCAGCAAAUUUUCUCUUAAAAAAGAACCGCUGAUUAAAAUUAAAACUGAAGUUCCAAGCGAUCAGAAUGACACUACCCAACUAUUAGUCAAUUGUAAAGCGGAUGUUAAGGUAGAAAAUCCGGAACCUGUAGUAAUCCGUCCACAGAGUGCGUUUAUGGACGAUGGAACCAAAUACGACGAUGACAAUCUCGUUUUUUCAUUAAUAGAGUUGCCAAGUACAUUCAUUGGAAAGGUAUGGAGCGACGAUGCCAAAGAAACCGAUCUCGAUUACACCCUAAAAUGUCUACCCGAAGGUCAGAUUGGUAAGAUUUGUGUUCACAAAUCAGGAAAAAUGGAUUUCGUAGUGCAGAAUACAGAAUUUCGUCUACGCGUCGCCGAACCGGAGUGCUUUGAGCAGACCGCCGUACAGUUUCCUGGAAAGGAAAGUAUUUCUCUGGAGCCAUCGUUGGUUACUCUUGGAAAUGUAACUGAAAAUCUGAUGGUAACUCCGGAUUGGAAUAAAAUGUUUAAAAGUGCCCAACAGAAAUCCAAGUUUUAUUGGUGAACAAUGUAUAUACGCUGUUAAAUGAUUUUCUAAUGAAUUUAUCACUCUUAAGUAUUAUGUAUAAUGGAAUGAAGGAGUACAAUAAAGAUACUUUUAACGUAA